GUCGGUUGGGGGCGCUGGUUCUUGUGGUGACUUGUUCCCUGGAGUCGAGGCAUCCAAAGAGACCGAUAGAUUUCCACUGGCCGUCGCACUCUCUUUGCGUCUCUGACUGGCCACGGGGGUAACCGUCGUGUCCCGGCUGAGGGCGUGGGGGCGCGCGGUCUGGGCGGGAGAGCCAUGAGCAGCCCGGAUGCGGGGUACGCCAGUGACGACCAGAGCCAGGCCAGGUGUACGCUGCCCAUGAUGAUGGCCGGGAUGGGCCCCUGCCCUUGGGCAGAGUCUCUGAGCCCCCUGGGGGAGAUGAAGGUCAAGAGCGAGUCCGGGUCGGGCCCAGGGACCGGGGGCAGCGGUACUGUUGCAGCUGUGGGCGGUGGUGGCCGCGGCAAAGGGGAGUCCCGCAUUCGGCGGCCCAUGAACGCAUUUAUGGUUUGGGCCAAGGACGAGCGCAAGCGUCUGGCGCAGCAGAAUCCGGACCUGCACAAUGCCGAACUGAGCAAGAUGUUGGGGAAGUCCUGGAAGGCUUUAUCUCUGGCCGAGAAGAGGCCCUUUGUGGAGGAGGCUGAGCGGCUACGCGUCCAGCACAUGCAGGAUCACCCCAAUUACAAAUACCGGCCCCGGAGGAGGAAGCAGGUGAAGAGGCUGAAACGAGUGGAGAGCGGCUUCCUCCACGGCCUCCCUGAGCAGGCAGGCUCCGGUCUGGGUCCGGAGGGCAGAGUGUGUGUGGACAGCCUGGGACUGCCAUUCCACGAGCAGGCCUACCACCAAGGCCAGGGAGUGCUCCCUCCUCAGAUGGGCCACUACCGGGACUGCCAGAACCUGGGUCCAGCCCCUCCGCCUCAGUUUGACAGCUACAACCUGCCUACCCCUGAGGCUUCUCCCAUGGAUGGCAUGGAGCCAGAUGCAGCUUUCUUCACCUCUUCUCUCCAAGGAGACUGCCAGACAGCGCCCUACAGCUAUCCUGUGUCCUCUGAGUACUCUGUGCAUGCUGACCCUCACUCGGGUCCUGUGCACCACAGACACAUGCAGGAACCUCUGGCCCACUCCUUGCAGGGUCUGAUGGGCCCCUCCAACCCUCUGCAUAUGUACUAUGGUCCCAUGGGCUCUCCGCAGGCUGGGGGCAGUGUCCGAGGUUUCCAGAUGCAGCAUCAGUCAGGACCUAGUCAGCCCUCUCCUCCUCCAGAGGCUCUGACCUGCAGGGAUGGCCUGGAUGGCAGCCAACCUGCUGAGCUCCUUGCAGAUGAGGACCGUACAGAAUUUGAACAAUAUCUGCACUUUGUGUGCAAACCAGAAUUGGGGCUAAGUUACCAGGGACAUGACUCCGGCCUCCCUUUACCUGACAAUCAUGGGGCCAUUUCCUCUGUUGUGUCUAAUGCCAGUUCUGCAGUAUAUUAUUGCAACUAUCCAGAUGGGUGACACAUCUCCCACUCUCUCCUCCAGCCUGUGGGCCAGCAGCAUAAACAGUGUUACAGUGUUACACACUUCCUGCAGGAGCUAAGGAAAUCCUUUCCCUCCCCCUCCCCUUCUUGUGUUUUCUGUGUGUUUUUUUUUUUUAAUUGAGUUGUUGUGGCACCUAAUUUAUGGUAAUUUAUUUGACUAAUCUUAGCAAUUUCCUAAAGAGGAUGCAGGGUUUUGGGGGUUCAUUCUAUCAGGGAUUUGCUCCUCAGUUUUCCCCCCUCUCAUUGUUAUUGUCAAAUUGCCAUUUGUAAAUUGGAUUUUACCUGUUCUGAGUAAUGUUGACCCAAAAUGCCACCCAUGCUAUAAAAAUUCAUAUUGUUAGUGAAUAUUUUUG